AUGAUUCUUUACGUUUAUAUCUUUAUAUUGUUAAUAAAAUAUAGUCCGUUGACCACCUUUGUUCACGCCAACCCACCAAAUGUUUUAAACAUAGCAGGAAAUGUAGAUGAUUCAAUAUCAAUGCACUUUCACGAAAAACUACCGGGAUUUUCAGUUACUACAUAUCUGGCAAGCAGAAUCGACAACAUUACCAAAAUAAUCGAUGGAGCUUAUGCUAUAUGGGAGGCCACAAUUCCUGGGACAAGACUAUCACUUUUUAAAAUGUAUAGGCGCCAAGGUAUCAAUAAACUAGCCUAUAUAUACUCAGUUGGCAACACCUUUUUUUAUACAAGAUAUUAUGAAAAGGUUCCAAAUGGAUACAGGAAAAUUACUCAAGCUUUAUUCCAAUAUAAGUUGGAGAAACUGAUCAGAGAACGUUGUAUAGACUUGAGUGAGGAAAUCGAUACAGACAUUUUUAUGGUUCAAAGUCAUGAUCUUUACGGCUUGAUGGCUUAUGUAAUUAUCCCCUAUGACAAAUAUGACGUAAUAUCUGUAUCUUAUGGUUUCGAUAUACUUUGGGAGCAAAAGUUUGGAAGUGGUAAAUGUACUUCUAUUAUAUUUCACGGGCAACAGGAUGAUUUAAGGUUAGUUCAUUUGAAUAUAAAGCAAACACAUACACAAGGAGAAAUUUUCCUAGCUAAUUGUAACGGCGAUUUCAUACCGGUUACCAAAGAAUAUUUUUAUCAUGUUUUGAAUAACAUGGAUUCGGAGGAAAAGCAAAAACUAAAAAGAACCAAAACUGCUAACGACUACCAGACUCUUAAUAUUUCAGACUAUUCAAAGGAUGCUUGCUACUCAGUAUUGAAAGAACGAUACAAGGGGUUAGUGUUAUCGACCUUUGUAGCACUUAGAUGCCAGAACAUUAAAAAACUUAUGGAUUCAGCAUACACUAUUUGGGACGGAACGAGAUCAGGAAAGCACCUAUAUGUGUUCAAGGUUUAUAGUUUAAAUAAUAAAUACCAAAUUGGGUACUUAUAUUUACACAGUGACAUUACGAGCAGAACACGAUACUAUCAAAAACGUGGAUAUAAUUGGUUCGAAAUAAGCUUAGCCGAGUUUGGUUUAUUGCUAGGACGACUGGAAGUUGAAAGACCCAUAGAUCUAAAUGACAGUUUCGACACUUCUGUGUUCUUGACGCAGAAACACAAUUUUUUUGGGCUUCCAGCAACUGUGGUCAUUCCGCGUGAAAGAUUCGUUAUAACCAAUAUUACGGACGACGAUGAACUUAUUUGGAGAAGACCAAGCACCUCACAUAAAUGCACAUCUGUUAUAAUUCAUGGGCACAGAAACAAUCCAAGAAUGCUUCAUUUGCACAUCAAGGAUGAGAAUUCUCACAAAGAACUCUUUUUCUUCAAACAUGACGGUUGGAGUUCGACCAAAAAACCUUAUUUCUACUUUAGACUAUCCGAACUUGAUAUUGAAGAAAUGAAAAGGAGUCGACAGGAGGAUUUAGAGAAGGAAGAAUUGAGGAUGCUCGAGAUGGCCGCAACUACUAACUAA